AGGUUAUGUUAUGUCUUCAAUGUCCUCGAUCGAAUUGCGAAUUGUACGAAUGUUGUUAUUUUUUAGUUUCUGAUCGAAAAACAUGUUAUGAAUUGAGUUUGGAACUGUGUGAAAGUUCUAGCAAAAUGGGCAUCGCUGAAUUACAUGACGAUUUUAAAUCUUUUAUGGAAAAAGACACCAGAGGCUCCCAACUGGGCAUAUAUUCCGCAGCAGGAUUGGCUUUUGCUGUAGCUGUAUAUAAAAUCAGACCUUUUUCCUUGUACACAAAACCAAAACAAAUCCCUAAGAAAUUCAUAGCUGAAAGGGUACAACAAAAAGGAGAAGUUGCACAAUUCGAGCCUACUAAAAACGUCCUAUUAGUAAAACACCAUCCACCAAUUCGUGUUCCAUUCCUACACUGGGGUAAUCCAGGGCUACCUGUUAGAAUAUUAGGCGUUGAGCUGUCCGGCAACGCUACAAGUUGGCUGCAAACAAUUGUGUCAGGCCGUAAAAUUAAAUUUGUUCCAGUUAGUACCGAUAAAGAUUAUGUUAAUUGUAUUGUUACUAUGGAACUUAAAUCACCUAACAAGAAAAAAUCUUUUGAGACUUUAAAUAUCGGAGAAUACCUCGUCCGAAUUGGCUUUGCCAAGGUAAGUCAAAUUGAAGACGCUCUUACUAAAGACAAGUUAACUAAAAGUUAUAAAAACGGACUUCAAUCAGCCCAACUGGAAGCACAACGAAAAAAAAUGGGCAUUUGGACAAAUGUUUCUGGUAAUGUUAAAUUAGUUACAAGAAUACAAUGGUUUUUGUUAGAUAAAUUGAGCCAGGUUUAUCAAUUUUUAAUCUCAAGAAGUAAAAAAUUGGCUGUGACUGGAAAAUGAUAACACUUAAUAAAAUACUUAUGAAGUAGUUUUAUUGCCAUUUAUGAAUUGACCCA